AUGGCCACUCCGAUCCGUGGGAAGCCAAACCAUAUCGAAACUCGUUUGUUCAUUGAUGGCAACUUCGUACCCUCACUAGCCGGGAAAACAUUUGAUGUCAUUAACCCUUCAACAGAGGAAGUUUCUGCAUCUGUGUUUGAAGCACUGCCAGAAGAUGUGGACCGCGCCGUCGCUGCUGCUAAAGCUGCCUUCCCGGCUUGGUCAGGCCUCGAAGCAAGUGAGAGAGCCGCAUAUCUGUUCAAACUUGCUGAUGGAGUUGAGCAAAGUCUGGACAAGAUCGGCUAUCUAGAGGCCAUAACAAUGGGAAAGCCAUAUCUUGACCCUCCAUAUACCUACGUGCUAAGACAUGCUGCCUCAAUGGCAAUGGACAUUACGGGCGAGACUUCACUUAGCUCGAAAGGAUUCGUAAACUUAUCAUUGAGACAGCCGUUCGGUGUUGGUGCUGCGAUUGUGCCUUGGAAUGGUCCCACUUUCAUGCUCGUGAACAAAAUCGGCCCAGGACUCGUUGCUGGCAAUACUAUGGUAGUCAAAUCGUCCGAGAAGUCUCCACUUUCAGCACUGGUCAUUGCUCGGAUAGCCAAUGAGAUUGGGCUCCCCAAGGGAGUCCUGAACAUCAUGAGCGGAUACGGAUUCCCAUGUGGUGAUGCCAUCGCUCGACACAUGGAUAUCCGUGUGAUCUCAUUUACCGGGUCGGUAGCCACAGGGAAGGCUAUCAAAAAGGCGUCAGCAGAAUCAAAUCUCAAAAAGGUUACCCUGGAGUUAGGAGGCAAGAAUCCAUUACUCAUCUUUGAAGAUGCAGACCUUCAGCAAGCGGUUCCAGCUGCUACUGCAUCCGUUGUAGCAAAUUCAGGCCAGGGCUGCAUUCUAACAUCGCGAAUCUACAUUCAUCAAAGCAUUGCAGAGCCAUUUAUUAAAAACAUGAAGCAAGCGAUGAUAAAGAUUGCAGGCAAUGUCGACGACCCAACAGAGAAGACCACGAGAGGUCCGCAGGCCGAUAAGAUUCAGUUUGACAAAAUCAUGGGCUACUUUCAGUAUGCCAAAGCCCAGAAUAUUGAGCUUCAGCUCGGAGGUGGUCGAGCUCGACCUAAGGGUUACUUUGUCGAGCCCACGAUAUACACGAAUGUGCCUGAAGAAGCCAAAAUUAUGAAGGAAGAGAUAUUUGGGCCUGUGGUCUGUAUCAAUACGUUUGUUGACGAAGAAGAUGUUGUAGCGCGAGCGAAUGAUACUGAGUUUGGGCUUUAUGCCAGUGUCUUCACUCGCGACAUAUCUAGGGCAUUACGAGUAGCCAAGCAGCUUGAAGCUGGCAGCGUGGGAGUUAAUGUGGCAGCUACUACGAAACUUGAUAUGCCGAUGGGCGGUUGGAAGCAGAGUGGUGAGGGAAGAGAAUUUUCAAAACAUGCUUGGGAAGAGUGGACUGAAAUAAAGUCAGUCUUCGUGAAGUUGUGA